CGCGCGAAAGUUAGUCUAGGAAGAAGACGCUGAGAGGAACUUCCUGUGGGAUAAUAACAAUUGCUUCACGCCACGGAUCUCAUUCGUACCGAAGAAUGGCUCAAGCGCGGGUUACCGAUUAUUUUGCACAGAAUAAGAAGGGUGGUGUUGGUCGAUCUGGCCGGUCGAAGGGACAAAAACUGCCCGUGGACGUUUCAGACUCGGCGGUUUUCGCUAAACCAAGAUCAUCGUCCAGAGCCACACGGUCUUCGCGCGUUCCCGCAACACCAGAACCGCAGAAACACGUUCAUCAGGAGUUCCUCAAAGUCAUCGAUGAGGUUCUGUCAGCAGACACGGUAGAAACCGCGACAGAUGUGAGUAGUGUGAGCUUAACGGCGAGUCCCCGAACCCCUAAACGGACAUUGGCGGAGUUCGACGUGUGUUCGGUGGUUUUCCCGUCCACAACCGAACAGCACAGCAGCGCCAAGAAGCGCCUGAGACUCGGCAGAACUUCCCCACAGGACCGCACGGUUCCGAAGACCGCGAGGAAGAGGCUCGAUCUGCUGAAACAUGACGAUAAAGAGCAGCGCAUUGAGCCUUUGUCCAACGGCAUCGCUCAGGCUCCUCAACAAACCGCCAGCAAAGACUCAAAAAAUACUGUUAAUCACAAUGCAAAUAUCUCCCCUGGUGGAGACGAUAGGCCGACGCGGACGAGCCGGAGCAAGAAGACGUUUUCUCGAGAGGACGUGUCGGCGCUGAAGUCGAAGCUGCAGAAACUGAAAGGACAGUCCGAAGCCGUAGCGAACCCCUCGCCCGCUCCCGUUUCGACACUAGCGGAGCUGAAAGCGAGGCUCGACGCUGCACGCGAGAUCUCCGCAAAGGUUCAGCAGAGAAAGGCCGAGCGAGUUGCGACGGAUGCUAACGCUACGGAGGCGCAGGCUAGGCCUGAACCAGAGGAAAGAGAGAAGCUUCCAGCUUAUCAGCGCUUCCACACCCUCGCUCGGGACGUCCCGCCCGGGCUCACCCUGCCCUACCACUACAGACUCCUGUCCGAGAUGUUUCGCAGUACGGAGACCAUCGUCGGGAUGCUGUUCAACCGCUCCGAGACGGUCACGUUCGCCAAGGUCAAGCAAGGGGUCCAAGACAUGAUGCACAAGCGUUUUGAGGAGAGCCACCUGGGGCAGAUAAAGGAGGUGUACCCUUCUGCCUACACCUUUCGCCAGGAGAAGAACAUCCCCUCGUUCAGCGCCGCUGUGAAGAGGUCCAGCUAUCAGCUCACCGUGGAGCCGCUCAUUGAAGAAGAGUUUAACGGCACCCGUCCAGUGUUGUCGGUCUCUCGUCUCUUGGAAAGAAGGCGCAUUUUUCACCAAAACCUUGUUGAGAUCGUGAAGGGACACCACAAGACGUUCCUGGCUUCCCUAAACCCUCCCAUCGUCGUCCCCGAUGACAAACUGACCCGCUGGCAUCCGAGGUUCAAUGUGGACGAGGUUCCCAACGUCAAGCCCAGGGAUUUGCCUCAACCCCCUCAAACUGAGAAGCUGAGCUCGGCUCAGGAGGUGUUGGACCGAGCUCGAGCGCUCAUGACACCCAAGAUGGAGAAAGCGUUGGCUAACAUGGCCUUGAAGACCGCAGAGAGCGUGUGUGCCGAAGAGCCCGAGGCCGCAGAGAAACCAGCAGAAACACCCGGCGCGCUCAGAGGAGUUUCUCAGUCCCUGCUGGAGAGGAUUCGAGCUAAAGAGGCUCAGAAGUUGCGGGCCGCGAUGACGAGGGACCCGGAGCAGGAGCGGCGCCUGGUGAUGAUGUCACGGCUCCCGGAGCUAGCCCGGAUCCUGCGCAACGUGUUCGUAGCGGAGAAGAAGCCGGCCCUCCUCAUGGAGCUCGCCUGCAACCGCGUGAUCGCGAGCUACCGGUCUCCGCUCAGCCCCGAUGAGAUGGAGAAGCACCUUCGCCUAUUGGCCGAGUCGACUCAAGCGUGGCUCACGAUUCACCCAAUCAGGAAAGACGUGUACCUGAAGCUGAACAAGAGCACGGACCUGAACCUUGUGCUGAACGCCCUGAACCAGAAGAUGAAGGAGGAGUGUGUCUGAGCAGAAGCAAACAAGACUCGAGACGAUCAUGUGCAAUA